CACAAAAAAACCUGCAAAACCGAUAAAAAAGGUGCCAAAACCAGCAAGAAAAAAAAGCGUUGAAAACGAAGGCAGUCAUUGACGAUGACGACGACGACGAUGAGGAUGAUAAAACAACAACUUUAAGUCCAACGGCUACCAAUAAUACGAAUGAUACGGGAAUGCUCAAAAGUCUUUUACGUCUGCUUCGUUUAAAACGAGCAGCUAAUGGAAAGAAAGAUUCCAAAGGAAAGACUACAGAUGAGGAUGAAGAUGACGACGAUACCAAAACAACAGCAGCCACCGAUAGUAAUGAUGAUAAAGAAACAACAGCGAAAGCAGCUGAUGACGGGGAUAAUGACGAUCAGACAACUGUGAGUGUUACAACAGCAGCAAGUGAAGAUGACAAUGAAGAUGAUGAUUCGGAAAAAAAAUCAGCAAGUAAAACAACAGCAACAGACGAUGACGAAGAACAUGGCGAAUCGGAUGACGAUAAUGAACAUGAACAUGUUCGAAAAUAUGACAUUAACUCCAAUUCUCCAUUAACAAUAGAAAAUGGUCGUGGUUUUAGUUUAAGUAUCAAUCUAAAAUUUCGUAAAACGGGUUUAAAUAAAAAAUGUGUAGAAAAACUACGAGAGUUAUUCCGUCGCCAACGUAAAUGGUCAUCGGAUGACUGUGUACCGAUAAGUGAACGUUUUGAAGAUUGUUUGUCAAAUAUAUUUACUAUUAGUGAUCAAUUAUCGACAAAUUCCUCAAAUGCAACAGAUUCAUCUAUCUCUUCCCUCUUACUUCAUUUUCCACAGCAAUCACAACUCUACUGUUCCGAUACAUCAGGUGAUGAUAAACUAGUUGGUAUUCAUCAUCAAACAAGAAUAUGUUUAGCAGCACAAAACAAACAAAAACAUAAAACACCCCAUAUUAUCUAUGAAUUUGAUGAUCUUAUUGGUUUAUCCGCUCAAAAUUCGGUAAAUAAAAUAAGAAAUUAUAUACAUGCGAAAAAAGGAUUGAAAGACGCAUAUGCUCAAGAUUGUGAACAAAUUCAUCAUGAAGAAGAAGCAAAAGAUGAAGAUGAUGAUGAUGAUGACAUAAUAGUAUCUUAA